AAAACAACCGCUACUGAAUUUAAUAAAUUUAAAUCUAAAAUGUAUGUAAAAUUUAACUGCAUUUACCUCUUAAUUCUUCUUACUUUCACCUGGUAUGUCAGUUCAAAACUCGAUAUUAAAGGAGAAUUACUGGAAUGUGAAAAAACGCCAAAAGGAGAUUUUUCUAAGUACCAAACACUGCCAUAUCAUACUAUCGAAAACUGCACUCGUAAGAUACGACUAACGGUUAACAUUACAAAUUCUGGAAAGACAUCUAUAGUCUUACAACAUGUUUUCAUUGGUGAUAUCUCUAAUAAAACAAGUGGAAUCAAAUUACGGCUUCUCAAUCCUGUGGUUUUGCAGUUGCGCCAAAAUCAAGUCAUUCUAGCUUAUCCAUUUAAAUAUCUUAGUGGUGUUAAUGGUAAAGUUCAAGAAAUAGUUGUCAAUUAUCAAAAUCGUAAAAAUUUUACUGGUUGCGAUGAUACUAGUUCCAUUAACCCAACCUGUGGCAUUAAACAUGAGGGAGGAAAUCCUGUACCAUAUAGUGAGGGAUUCUGUUGCUUCUGUCCCAGGCUACCUGUGAAUCAAAAGCAAACAAGAGGUGGGCAAGACUGUUCUCUUGAUGUGGGUAAUCCAGAUGAUAAAGAAAAACAAAUGUUUAAAGCUAGUGCUCAUUGUUUACAUUUUUCAGAUGUUUGGUUUUCUGUGAGUUCCGUAAGUGAGCCAGUUAUUAUGCAUGAGCUAUUUCUACAAGUUUUUAACCAAAAGUACUUGACCAAUGGUUCUGCUGUGUGGCUGGCUCUGACACAUGAGGAAGCUUUUGAACUUGGGCCCAAAAAUACAUAUCAGUAUGAUGAGAAUAAAACAAUCGUUGCAACAUUUUAUACAGCCAGCCCUAAAAAUAAAUCUAAAACAAUACCUGAUGAUAGAUGGUUGCUGAUACCUCAACCAAUGCCAAGUGUUGAAAUUGAUAACUUGCCUCCUAUUAUGAAGAAUGGUGCUACUGAUUUUCUUCUGUUACCUAAAAACCUGAUAAAUCCUAGUGGACUUGAGUGUGAUGUGGCAGGUGUUUCUUUUGAAGCAUUUUGGAAGCAGAAAGAUCGAUGUAAUGCCAUUAAAGGAACAUGUCUAAAAAAUCAGCCUUUGGACUUUUGGGAAGCAGAUAAGGGUCAAAACAAAACUCAAGCAAAAAGGAAAUAUUUAUUAGAAGCUUAUGGUACACCAUAUAAAGACCCUAUUGUAAUAGAUCAAGACACAAAAGAGCAUUGGCUUGCACUCGAAUAUUAUGAACCGCAUACUACUGUUAUGACAGUUGAAUUUAAUGCUGAUGAUAUAGUUAUAUUAACUCCUGGGCAACAAGCUGAGAUACUGAAAGUGGUCUCAACAAGCUUGCAGAAAAGGAUUGUAAUUUAUGUUAGUGUUCAUAACACAGGCCUUUCACCUGCUAAAUUUUCAGUCCGAGCUGUUAAGUGUGGGUUUCAAGUACCUGACUCUAACAACUUGACACUUCUUGUACCACCUCAGCUCACUGAAGAAUUUGUGCUGUCUACAAAUCCUGGCUCUAUUCAGUUGAAUGAAAAAUUUACAUGCUCAGUUCAAGUUAACAAUGCCUUAUAUGGUGUGGUUGCAAAACGUGAUGUAGCAAUAAAGCCAUUUGACAGAUGUAUUUGCAAUAUGCAUUGUGAAUGUGUAUGCUUAGGAGAGAGUUUAAAAUGUGUGCCACUUUCAGAAGAAGAUUACCAUGCUGCAGGAUUUCAGGGUUCACUACCAGUAUUAACUGCAAAGCCACCAUAUAAAACAUGGUUUGCACAACAUCCAGUUUUGGCAUUUUUUUCUAUAUUCCUCAUUCUCAUUGUUUUAGGUUUCAUUAAAGCAGCUUUAGGUGCUCUUGGGUUUACUGCAAUAGCAACUUUGGGAUUGAAAUCUUGUGUUUAUCAACCAAAGACGCUUGAAAAGUAUUCUGAACCUGAAUUAAAAGAUCUUGAUGUUUUGUAUGAUACCGAACAUUAUCCUAUUCAUCCUGAUACGAUGGAACGUGUAAGGUGGAUUAGAGACCAAACACUUUUUGUUUUGAAUGUUUUCUUUUUCUUUGUUUGGCCCUUUCUUGUAAUCAGGGAAUGUAUUCGGAAAGCUAAAAUGGCACGGAAACAGAAGAAAGGAUUAGUAGAUGACAUUUCUUCUUUUGGCAAAGAUGAAGUGCAUGGUUCUGAUAUUAAAUUAACAACUGAAAGUGAUACCGAUUCUGGUUCACCUUCUGAUGAUUUGAACUUGAGACCUCAAACUGAUAAACUGCCAUUAGAUCUCUCUGAAAUAGAAAAAGCAACUGAUUCUUCUAAUAAGAUAUCAGAAAAACCUGAUGUGCCUAGUCUUGCAAAAAGUAUGGAAUUUGAUUCUUCUAGCAUUAAAAAGUCUUCAGAACAUGCUAAUGCAAAACUGGCAGAGUCUGUGAAGGCAGAUGCAGAUAAGAAGCCAUCAGAACUUGCUGGAGUAAAAUCAGCAGUACCUACUAACACAAAACCAGAUCAAGAUAUUAUUCAAGGGUCAUCUCUGUCUACUAGGGAACCUGAUGCUGAUGAAACUCAUGCAACUGAAAAGGAAGAAUUGGGUCAGCCACGUGAACAAAGGAUCAAGUCUAUAACUAGUGAUAGUGCUUUAGAAACAAAAAUUGAUACUAGACCUAUUCUUGAUCCUAUUAAUAAACCCUAUGCUAGAUGGCAAAAAGGGGCUACUAGGAUUACUGCUUUUAGGAAAUAAUUCACUAGGCUCAUUCAUGUGCAUAGUAUGAGAGAGCAAAAUUUCUGCUCUUCUGUUAAUGGAAAAUAGACAAUGUUUUGUUUGUCAUAUCUUCAGAAAUGCUGUGUAAAUUUUCCUUUUGAAUAAACAAUUAAAAUUCUUAAAAUAA